CGGGCUGGACAUGUGCGCCGACGUCAUGGUCGGCGACGACAUGCGGACCGGCAUCUCCGGCGGGCAGAAGAAGCGCCUCACAACAGGGGAGAUGCUGGUCGGCCCGACCAAGGUGCUGUUCAUGGACGAGAUAUCCACCGGCCUGGACAGCUCCACCACCUACCAGGUCGUCAGGUGCAUCCAGCAGAUUGUCCACCUGGGCGAGGCCACCGUGCUGGUGUCGCUGCUGCAGCCCGCGCCGGAGAUCUUCGACCUCUUCGACGACGUCAUGCUGCUAUCUGAGGGGCAGAUCGUCUACCAGGGUCCCAGGGAAUACGUGCUCGAGUUCUUCGAGAGGUGCGGCUUCCGCUGCCCCGAGAGGAAAGGCGCUGCUGAUUUCUUGCAAGAGGUUACAUCAAAGAAAGAUCAGGCGCAAUACUGGAUACAUAAUGAAAAGCCUUAUCACUAUGUAUCAGUACCUGAAUUUGUUUUAAAGUUCAGGAAAUUUCACAUGGGGAAGAGCCUAAAAAAGCAGCUUUCGGUUCCUUUCAACAAGAGAAAAAUCCACAAAUCUGCUCUGGUUUUCUCCGAUCAGUCUGUUUCAACUUCAGAGCUUCUCAAGACCUCGUUCUCCAAAGAAUGGCUUCUCAUGCAGAGAAACUCAUUUAUCUACGUUUUCAAAAUAGUUCAGGGAAUCAUAGUUGCUCUAGUAGCAUCAACGGUUUUCUUGCGUACACGGCUCCAUGAAGAUACUGAGGAAGAUGGCCAAGUCUACCUAGGGGCACUUAUAUUUAUCAUGAUAGCUAACAUGUUCAAUGGUUUUGCCGAGGCAACCCUUACUCUCGCAAGGCUACCUGUAUUCUACAAACAUAGAGAUUUUCUAUUCUAUCGGCCAUGGCAUUUUACACUUCCAAAUGUUCUCCUGAAAGUCCCUAUGGCCUUGCUUGAGUCAAUAAUUUGGGUUGUAAUAACCUACUACCUCAUAGGCUUUUCCCCUGAAGCUAGCAGGUUCUUCAAACAUCUGCUUAUAGUAUUCUUGAUCCAGCAGGCGGCUGGAGGAUUGUUCAGGCUUGUUGCUGGCUUAUGUAGGACUGUUGUCGUCACUAAUACCGCUGGAUCUCUUGCCCUUCUGAUGAUAUUUGUAAUGGGAGGAUUCAUCCUACCAAGAGAUGCAAUUCCAAAAUGGCUGGUAUGGGGUUAUUGGUGUUCACCUCUUACGUAUGCAUACAUUGCUCUUGCUGUCAAUGAGAUGGAUUCUCCGAGGUGGCUGGACCAAUCUAUAGCUGAUGGAAGGCCAUUGGGAGUGGCAGUUCUAGAAAAUGCAGGUGUAUUCACUGGCAAGGAGUGGUACUGGAUUGGAGCAGGUGCCCUUCUAGGGUUCACCGUUGUGUUCAAUGUGCUAUUCACACUAUCGCUCAUGUACCUGAACGCUAUUGGAAAACCGCAAGCCAUCUUGCCUGAAGAAACUGAUGGAUUUCCAGAGAAUGACUUUGAGCAAAAGAAGGAGCCACAUAUAACACAGAGAACUACGGUUCGAGCAACAGAACCUACAUCCCCUAACUCAAUCAUCACAUUGGAUAAGGUGCUUGAACAAUUACGUGGCCGUUCCCCAAAUACUUCUGAUAGGUCUGUUGGAUAUGCUCCAGGAAGAGGGAUGGUUCUUCCGUUUGAACCUCUCUCCAUGUCCUUCAAUGAGAUAAACUACUAUGUUGACAUGCCUGCGGAGAUGAAGACUCAAGGAGUAACCGCUGAUAAGCUUCAGCUGCUGUCAGGGAUAUCUGGUGCUUUUCGCCCUGGGGUUUUGACUGCCCUUAUGGGUGUGAGUGGAGCUGGAAAGACCACCCUCAUGGAUGUCUUGUCUGGGAGGAAGACUGGUGGAUACAUUGAAGGGGAAGUCUACAUAUCUGGUUACCCUAAGAACCAAGCAACAUUUGCAAGAAUGUCGGGUUACUGCGAGCAAAAUGACAUCCACUCUCCACAGAUCACAGUCAGAGAGUCGCUACUCUUCUCUGCUUUCCUGCGCCUGCCUAAGGAGGUCACUGAUCAAGAGAAGAAGGUAUUUGUGGAUGAAGUAAUGGAACUAAUUGAACUGAACGGUCUCAAGGAUGCUAUUGUGGGUCUCCCUGGUCUGAACGGUCUGUCGACUGAACAAAGAAAGAGGUUGACUAUUGCUGUAGAGCUUGUGGCAAACCCCUCAAUUAUCUUCAUGGACGAACCAACUUCAGGCCUUGAUGCAAGAGCUGCCGCAAUUGUCAUGAGAACAGUUCGGAACACUGUCAAUACUGGAAGAACUGUUGUCUGCACCAUCCAUCAACCAAGUAUAGACAUUUUUGAAGCUUUUGAUGAGCUGCUAUUACUGAAAAGAGGAGGUCAAGUCAUAUAUUCUGGACCGUUGGGUAGGAACUCCCAGAAAGUUGUCGGAUACUUUCAGGAAAUUCCUGGAGUCCCAAAGAUCAAAGAGAAGUGCAACCCAGCUACAUGGAUGUUGGAUGUAAGCUCUGCGGCAGCAGAAGUUCGACUGAAGAUUGAUUUUGCCGAAAGUUACAAAUCUUCGACUAUGCAUCAGCGGAAUAAAGCAUUAGUCAAAGAGCUGAGCAAGCCACCUCCUGGUACCAGCGACCUUUACUUCCCUUCUCAAUACUCGCAGAGUUCCUUUGGUCAAUUUAAAUUCUGUCUCUGGAAGCAAUGGUGGACUUACUGGAGAAGUCCUGAUUAUAACCUCGUCAGGAUGUUCUUUGCAUUUGUUACGGCCUUAGUGCUGGGGGUUAUAUUCUGGAGGGUUGGUCUAAAGAUGAGGAGCUCGGGUGAUCUUUUAGUCAUUGUGGGAUCAAUGUAUGCCGCUGUUAUGUUCGUUGGCUGCGAGAAUUGUAUCUGUGUUCAACCUGUUGUUGCUGUGGAAAGGACUGUAUUUUACAGAGAGCAAGCAGCUGGAAUGUACUCAGCUAUACCCUAUGCCCUCGCUCAGGUAGUUGUGGAGAUACCAUAUGUGUUCGUUGAGACUCUGGUUUAUACUCUUAUCGUCUACCCGAUGAUGUCUUUCGAGUGGACACUAGUAAAGUUCUUCUGGUUCUUCUAUGUUUCAUUCUUCACCUUCCUGUAUUUCACUUACUACGGCAUGAUGACUGUCUCCGUAUCGCCAAAUGGUCAAGUUGCUUCUAUAUUUGCCGCUGCCUUCUACUCCUUUUUCAAUCUCUUCUCAGGGUUCUUCGUAGCAAGAUCGAAAAUCCCAAAGUGGUGGAUUUGGUACUAUUGGCUUUGCCCGGUGGCAUGGACAGUUUACGGGCUUGUUGUGUCACAGUACGGGGAUGUGGAAGAUCUUAUCAAGGUGCCUGGUCAACCCGAUCAGCAAGUCUCAUCUUUCAUCAAGAGCUACUUUGGUUAUGAUAACGACUUCAUGGGCGUUGUGGCGGUUGUGCUGGCAGGCUUCACUGUCUUCUUUGCUAUGAUAUAUGCUUACUGCAUAAAGACGUUCAAUUUCCAACAGAGAUAGAAACUAUGUGC